AUGCAGACUGGUUACUUUACUGUUUGCAAUCCCGAACCUGACUCAAGCAGCCCCGAGGACGAUCCACGAGGGAUAUUCUCACGCUAUCUCGGUGUCCACCGGGUACGAGGGCUGCGUGCUGCCAAGGAACGUUUUCACCAGAAUAAUCCGACCCAAACUCUCUCAAAUAUGCCAUUUACAUUGACCCACUUGGAGCGCGGGCUCUCUGUAUUUUGGGAUUAUCUGGGUCUCAACUGGAGGCGCUACCUUGCACAUCAUUCUGCAACCCAGCGUCAAAUCCCUGACCCCAUCGACUGUCAACUCAACCUUAAGAAUAAUCUGACCCUUACUGUCUCUUUUGAUCUCGCUUUCGAUCUAGACCAACCCUACCAGAACAUUCCCGGUUUUGAACCAGUACACUGCCGUUCAAAUAUUGUCCGCAUGAUUCAUAACUCCGAAUGGCUGCCGCUUUCUAAGUUACUGUCUAACGUCCGACUGGCCAGCAACGCUAACCAUCAUCGACAUAAGCUGAGUGAUCAACAGUUGAGAAUCCGCAUGUCCCGCAAAGUGAAAACAGAAGAGGAGUCGAAAAAUAUGCCGGUGUCAUAUUUGAGUGAGUUCAGGAGCGGCGGGCAAACGCAAACUCUCCCACCGUUCAGAGAUCUUUUGCCACAACAUCUCCAUGAAGAAAUAGAUUCAACGCCAUUUUAUUCUCCAACGAGCUACCAUCUUCCAGGAACCUCUUAUGUUUCAUCUGCUUUUCAUCCUAGAUCGACUCGGGGAGCAAAUCUUUCACGCUCCCUGUCGACAACUAAAAUCGACAGUUAUGAUGGAUACCUUCUCCGAACGGAUAGGUUUUCAAAGGAUCAAUCCCAGGGAGGCGUCGCCCCUCUUAAACGACAGGCCUCUGACACUGAAAUCCUCUCAGCAACAAAUCCGACUUCCCACUUCAGCUCUGGCGGAGCACUUCCUCCCAUAAGGAACCUGCAACCGCUUCCCGCAAAUAUUGGUCCUUUCAGCAGAGUAAAUGUUGACACCAAACCACCCGCUUUAUCACUGGAAUAUCACAGCAAUUCCAACCAACAUACACAUUCCUUUGGCUCAAAAGCUCCAGGCACUUAUCUUCCAGCAUCUCGCCCAUUUCUAGUCAUUCCCACGAAUACUCUCUCACAUUCAGAGCCUGCGAGGAUCAGUCAACCCUAUGAAAGUUCGCGAUAUGGACCUUAUCAGCAAUCCUUUCGGCCCGAGCUUGAUUACUCUCCAGUUUCAGCUGGUAGCCUUAAUGAUAGGAAUUACGGAGCGCAAGGAGAGCCGAUUGACCCAAAAAAUAAAAAGCGGAGGGGCAAUCUACCAAAGUCCGUAACUGAUGUUCUUCGAGCUUGGUUCCAUGAACAUCUGGAUCAUCCUUAUCCUAGCGAAGAGGACAAGCAAAUGUUUAUUAGCAGAACUGGUUUAACUAUUAGCCAGAUCAGUAAUUGGUUCAUCAAUGCUAGGCGUCGCCAACUACCGGCACUCCGAAACCAAGUGCGGGCGUCCGAGCCGGAUAGAAACGGGCAUCGACAGUCCCCGCUAAGCGACAAUGAGCAGACAUCUUCACAAUCGAGUGUGUCAUCGCAUCAUUAA